AAUGAUUAUAGAAAUCAAUAUUCUACGCUUGGCAUCCUCAAGUACAAACAUGUCCUCCUUUGCUUUUCUUUUACUUUGCGUCCAAGCUUGCUUGGUACAGAAUGUAUUCAGUCAGUGCCUCGGUGCAGGACCAAUUGGCUACGGCCCAGGCAUCGCCAACGCAGCUGGCCUAGCUCCAGGUCUAGGACCAUACGGCUAUGGUGCUGGGCUGGCCGCUGCACCAUUCGGUGUGGCACCAAUGGCUGUUGAGCUCGGUGGGCUGGGAGCAGGCUUGGCUCCGGCGGCUAUAGAACUCGGCGCGUACGGUGGAGCCGGCGUCGGUGACGUAGCAGUUGCUGGUGAGAUGCCAGUUGCUGGCACCACCCUCGUCGCUGGACAGGUGCCUAUCCUUGGCGCUGUGCGAUUCGCUGGUGAUCUGCCAGCCGCUGGUACUGUCAGCAUCUCUGGCAGUUGCGGAUGCGGAUGCAACCGAGGACCUCUCUACUACUAAGCAAAUAAAAUACUGUAGGUACACAAAACAAAUUUCAAUAUAAAAUGUUACUUUAUUUUAAUGUUGUUAGAAACUGUUUAUAAAUGUAUUAAAGAAUAUUGAGUGGAGUAAA